CGAGCUCACAUACCGCUCGCAACGCGGUACGGUCCCAACUACGGGGAUUUCAAAAGCGCCGCCCGUCGUGCUUUCAGGGUACGAUAGCAGUGCAGAGUAUAUGCGGGUACGCGUAUACGCAAUUUAUAUCGCCAUACCGUAGAACCGCUAACAUCACGUAGGACUAGUGCACGCAAGAUUACCAUUUGAUGUGUGGUCAUCAAGUACGUCCUCGGUCCAUCCCGCCUUCAUGUGUUUGUUUGUGUGACUGGUUGAAGUGUGUAAAUCGGGAAAUGUUGGGUGGGUGAUUGAUUGAAGUAGUGGAUGCACAUCUCAGACUUGUACCAAGCGGUACAGAUGGACGGUGAACGCGUGUACAUCACUCCCUCUCUGCCUGCCGAGGUGAGCCAGUAACUCAUCACCUGUAUGGUUCAUUUAGCUCGUCAUCAUACGGGGAAGGAGAAGAGAUCGACUAGGGAGGUUAUAGCCACGCAGCGAGUCGUGGUCGUGCACGGCAAACCAACGAACCACUGACACACUACGGCAAGCGAUAUCCGAGAGUGUCACAGCCCGUAGGCUGAAGACCAUUUCCCCAUGACUAAUACACCGCCUGGUACGGCGCGACAUCUCAACCAGCGAGUCUUAUAUAAAUCACAGAUUUAUCCACGGGAGGAGAACAUUUCGAGGUGGAGACGGUGUCUGGAGUAUUUUCGGUUAGUAAAAUAGUACUCGACAUCAUGCAGAUAGGCGUUGCCUGCACGCUCCAAGCAGCUCUGGCCAUCAUUCUGCUGCGGCUAAUGUCAUGCGCCAAAUCAAUGGAGUGUUUCUACUGCCCGGCCACCUCAACCAGCGAAGACGAAUGCAGGAAAGCAGGAGCCAUACAGCAAUGUACAGUGGGUUUCAAUACCUGCUUCACGCAAAUCAAAUACCAAGGCGGAAGCAACUACCUGCCCAAGACGGUCACGCGAAGCUGUGUGGACGACACUUUUUGUGACGCGGAGAAAAAGACAUACAACAAUGGCGAGUGCGAAAUAAGCGAGGACGACUACGUCUGCGUCUGGUGUUGCCAUGACAACAACUGCAACCUCUUGUCUUCUGCUGAAAGGUCAAAGGUUAAUCACAUUUUGCUAUUGGGCGGAGUCGUCAUGGUGACAUAUCUGACCGGUGAAAUCAUGUGGCACUGGUAGAAGAUCCUACCUGGUUUACCCUGUGUGACAUUUUGACGGUGAAUAUGAAGACUUUUUGAUCAUCAAGUGUUGCGAAAUCGCGGUUUUACUUCUUACAAGUCAUGAAAGAUGUGCGGACAUUUUCAGAUCAUCAAAAGAUGAUUUGUGCUUGUAUAGUGUACAUUG